AUGGAGGCGGCAGGCGGCGGAGCAGGCGGUCCCGACGACGGCCGCGAGGGCCGGGAGGGCCCCGAGGGUCAGGUCGACUACCACGGCCUCGGCGGCGCGGGCGCGGAGGCCGCCGGCGCGGGCGCGGAGGCCGGCGUCCCCGGCGAAGCUCCGCGUGUCCCGCGGCCACUGCACGUCCCGGGGCCGGGCGGAGAUGCCACGUCCACGACCGGAAUGCAGGAAGCCCGAGUGUACAUCUUCGCGCUCUGCGUGCCUUUCAUGUCCCACUUGGAGGCGGAGAUCGCCUGUGCGUCCCUGGCGCCGGAUCGCGAACCUCACGGAAGCGUUGUGGACAAGAAGCUCACGGUGACCGCCAGCAUCCUGGCCGCCCGCUGGAGAGCUGAGGACCCGCGCCUCCUGCGACUUUCCAUCAUCAACUUCCUGGACCAGCUCUCCCUGGUGAUGCGGACCAUGCAGCGCUUCGGGCCCCGUUUCCCGCUAAGUCUGCGCUGGGGACAGGGGACGAAGAUCCAGCCUCGUGUCCCCUGCCUGGGCGGGCCGUCCUUCCUGGGGCAGGGAUUCCUGCAGUAGCUGCCACCUGAGGUUGGGGGCCUGCCUGAUCCUUUGUGGGUACUCGCCCUUGGGCGCUCAGGGCCCCCUUGUUUUGUUUGCCAUUGAAAUGUUCGUUACUGCAGAAAAUAAAACUGAGCUUUGUUUCCACGUUU